AUGAGCGGCCAAAUCCCAAUACAAUUCACUGAGCUCUUCAAUCUCCAAAACUUGGGAGUGAAUCCACAACUCAUUUCAUUCACCACCGUUACGCUCGAAUCAGAUAAAUAUAGAAAACUCUCACCAUCUGUUGAAACUGGUGUUGUUGAAGCAGCAAAUUCAUCAUCAACAAUGAUCAAUGCUAAUGCUGAAAACAAUGAUUUCUCUCCUACAAGUUUCAACGAGAACAACGGACCCUUUGUUGAUGAUAUUAUUUUUGAAAUUCUUCAUUUCCUUGAUUCAAUGUUUAUCAUUCAAAUUUGUAUGAAAAUUUCAAAACAAUGGAGACAAACAUCAUUUCAAAUUCCUCUCUCAUUAUCAUUCGCAGAAAAUCACUUCAAACAAGAUCGUAAAUCAAUCAAAUUUUUAGCUGAUUGUGAAUGUUUGGAAAAUUUGACUUCUUUGAAUCUGGCACGCAAUAGAAUUGGCAUUGAAGGUGUCAAAUAUAUUGCCACAAGCGAAUUCUUGAAGAAUUUGACAUCUUUGGAUCUGAAAUGGAACGAAAUUGGCAAUGAAGGUGUCAAAUAUAUUGCCACAAGUGAAUUCUUGAAGAGUUUGACUUCUUUGAUUCUGAGUGAGAACGAAAUUGACAGUGAAGGUGUCAAAUAUAUUGCCACAAGCGAAUUCUUGAAGAGUUUGACUUCUUUGAAUCUGUCAUAUAAUAGAAUUGGCAAUGAAGGUGUCAAAAAUAUUGCCACAAGCGAAUUCUUGAAGAGUUUGACUUCUUUGAUUCUGAGUGAGAACGAAAUUGACAGUGAAGGUGUCAAAUAUAUUGCCACAAGCGAAUUCUCGAAGAGUUUGACUUCUCUGAAUCUGUCAUAUAAUAGAAUUGGCAAUGAAGCUGUCAAAUAUAUUGCCACAAGCGAAUUCUUGAAGAAUUUGACUUCUUUGAAUCUGCCAUAUAAUAGAAUUGGCAAUGAAGGUGUCAAAUAUAUUGCCACAAGCGAAUUCUUGAAGAAUUUGACAUCUUUGGAUCUGAAAUGGAACGAAAUUGGCAAUGAAGGUGUCAAAUAUAUUGCCACAAGUGAAUUCUUGAAGAGUUUGACAUCUUUGGAUCUGUCAUAUAAUGGAAUUGGCAGUGAAGGUGUCAAAUAUAUUGCCACAAGCGAAUUCUCGAAGAGUUUGACUUCUCUGAAUCUGUCAUAUAAUAGAAUUGGCAGUGAAGGUGUCAAAUAUAUUGCCACAAGCGAAUUCUUGAAGAAUUUGACAUCUUUGGAUCUGAGUGAGAACGUAAUUGGCAAUGAAGGUGUCAAAUAUAUUGCCACAAGUGAAUCAUUGAAGAGUUUGACAUCUUUGGAUCUGUCAUAUAAUGGAAUUGGCAAUGAAGGUCUCAAAUAUAUUGCCACAAGCAAAUUCUUGAAGAAUUUGAAACACUGUUCACCAAAUAACAAACUUAGACAGUGUUAG